AUGCCGAAUGAUAGCUGCUGUCAAGAUCUGUUCAAUGGUGUUUCUAUCAGAGUAAAUCCAUGUUGCCUCUUUCGCAGAGCAUCUGAAUUAGACAAUCUACGAGAAGAUGUUAAAUAUGGUCGUACACCGAUACAUGGUGUUAAUUUGGGUGGAUGGUUAGUCGCCGAAGCAUGGAUGACAAAAGGAAGUCCAAUAUGGGAGGGAGUACCUGACAAUAUUGCUAACAAAGGAGAAUUUCAAACAAUGCAACAUCUUGGUCACACGAAGGGUGAUGCUCGGUUUCGAAAACAUCGUGAUACUUUCAUCACAGAAGAUGAUUUUCGUGACAUAGCACAAGCGAAGCUGAAUGCUGUAAGAAUUCCAGUUGGAUAUUGGAUCACGAAGAGGGAUACGUCUGGUGGUGGAGAUCCAAAUGCUUAUAAAAUGUUUGCUCCAGGAGCCCUCGAUUAUUUGGAUAAAGCUAUCAAACAAUGGGCACCGAAAUACAAUCUGCUUGUUCUGAUCAGUAUGCAUGCCGCCAAGGGUAGUCAGAACGGUCAAGAUCAUAGUUCACCGUCGAGUCCUGGUAAUACAUAUUGGUCGAAUUAUCCAGAGAAUGUUCAAAAUACGUUGGAUAACGUCGAAUUUCUUGCUAGACGAUAUAAUAAUGAUGCGUCUUUUCUCGGCAUUAGUCUGUUGAAUGAGCCGUCAGAUCGCUAUAUGAUGAAAGAAAGACUGGGGACAAAUGCGCCUCGACCGUGA